CAAUCAUUCUGCAUUUGACUUUUAGUCUGGAAGGUUUGUGGUUUGGUUUAAAUUAAUAGUGACACCACUUGAGGAGAGACAGACAGUCAGAGCAGCCGACCAUGGCGCCAGCUGCGUUUCUGUUCCUGCUGUGCUUCUCUCUAGCCAGUGCCCUGAACCUGCAUCACAUGUCUGCAGACGACCAAGAUAGGUUGUCUUACAGACAAGCCAAAGGUGCUAAGAUUGGCGCUGUCACUUUUGGAUUCGCCAGACAUUUCCAGAACCACAUGGUGUUGCAGCGAGCACCACAAAGAGCCAAUAUUUAUGGAUUCUCUCCAACCAUUGGACAGAAGGUCACUUUACAGCUGGUGACUGUUCCAGCUACACGUACGUACAGCUACGAGACUACCGUACAUCAGGAUGGAAGCGCCGGGGCCUGGAAUUUCGUCCUUGACCCCUUCGCCGCUGGAAUCACCGUCAACAUUAGGGUGGACUCUGGUGGCGAGUCCCACAACAUAAGUGACGUCAUAUUUGGAGAUGUUUGGGUCUGCUCUGGACAGUCUAACAUGCAGAUGACCGUGUUUCAGAUAGAUGGCGCUGCUGAGGAGAUUGCUGACGCAAACAACUACCCCAACAUCAGGGUGAUGACAGUCAACGACAAUGAAUCCCCCACCCCCCUCAAUAACCUGAUCGCCUUGUCCGAGUCAUGGUCCAGAGCCAGCAGCGCUUCGAUUGGUCACGGAGCCUGGAGUUAUUUCUCCGCUGUCUGCUGGCUCUUCGGCAAGGCUAUCUUCAAGGCCAGGCACAUCCCCAUAGGACUCGUAGAUACUGAUUGGGGAGGCACCCCCGUGAAGGCCUGGUCAUCUCCCGAGGCUCUUGCCCACUGCGGCGUCCACCACGAUGAGCCUUCUGACCAACCAGAGUCUUACACCGAAUAUUUAAAACACGUUCCACUUGAAGACAGACACAGACUUCAGGGCCCAGGCAACAGUUCCGUCUUGUGGAACUCAAUGGUCCAUCCUCUGCUUGGGAUGACCAUCUAUGGCGCCAUCUGGUAUCAAGGAGAAGGUGACUCAGGCGGUGUGGCCAGAGAUAAAUACAACUGUACAUUCCCCACAAUGAUCAAAGACUGGAGAAGCAACUGGAACAGGGCGUCCAAUGGUCAGACAAGCGCCACAUUCCCUUUUGGCUUUGUACAGUUGGCGCCUAAUCAUCCAAGUCCAGGGUCCACAUCUGGCUUCACAGAUAUUCGUUGGCACCAGACGGCAGACAGAGGUUAUGUCCCCAACCCUGACAUGCCAAACGUCUUCAUGGCUGUGGCUCUGGACUUGCCAGAUUUUAACUCAACUUAUGGCUCUGUUCACCCUCGCUAUAAGAGAGACAUUGGAGCGAGACUCGCCUUGAGUGGACUGGCCGUGGCCUACCACCAGAGCGGUAUCUUCCAGGGCCCACUGCCCACAGGUUCUCAUGCAUCAGCCAGCGGCCUGAUCGUGGACUAUGGUAACACCUGGAAGCUGAGUGUGGUCAUCAAUGACGGGUUUGAGGUCCAGUGUGCUCACUUGAGGUGGGUCGCUGACCCUAUAGUGGCCCACACCAAUACCACUGUCACACUGAAGCCAAAUGUUUGCCACGCAGGGGAGAAAAUCACUGGUCUCCGCUACGCCUGGAGUGAGUCCCCCUGCGCCCUUCACAGAUGUGCUAUCUACGAGACAUCCCAUAACUUACCAGGACCACCAUUUAUCUCGUACGCUGACUUUGAUCCAAAUGGAGAACCAUAUUUUACUUUCAAUCAUCAGACACACAUCAGAAACUAAACACCCUAAAACAUUUUUUUUUAUUUGCAAAUAAAAGAAGCAAUCUAAGGACAUUAC